CAUAACCUCUACUCUACUACAUUUCAAAGUACAGAAGAAUAAACUAAACCAUUUAAAAUGCCGGAAAUAAAAGUAACUCCACUGGGGGCCGGACAAGAUGUAGGAAGAAGCUGCAUUCUCUUAUCUAUAGGCGGCAAAAAUAUCAUGUUAGAUUGUGGAAUGCAUAUGGGAUAUAAUGAUGAACGAAGGUUUCCGGAUUUUUCGUAUAUAUCGGAUGGGUCCUUGUCGCCUUUGAUAGAUUGUGUGAUAAUUUCUCACUUUCAUUUAGAUCAUUGCGGUGCCUUACCUUAUAUGUCUGAAAUGGUGGGGUAUACUGGGCCUAUUUACAUGACACAUCCGACUAAAGCUAUAGCUCCCAUUUUACUAGAAGAUAUGAGAAAAGUUUCAGUUGAAAAGAAAGGAGACCAGAACUUUUUCACUUCACAAAUGAUCAAAGAUUGUAUGAAGAAGGUUAUCGCCGUGACUUUACAUCAGUCCGUUAUGGUUGAUAAUGAUAUUGAAAUAAAAGCGUAUUAUGCGGGCCAUGUUUUAGGUGCUGCAAUGUUUUGGAUUAAAAUCAGAUCUCAAUCCAUUGUUUAUACUGGCGAUUAUAAUAUGACUCCAGAUAGACAUCUUGGAGCAGCUUGGAUAGACAAAUGUAAACCAGACUUACUAAUUUCUGAAUCAACUUAUGCUACAACCAUCAGAGACUCCAAGAGAUGCAGAGAAAAAGAUUUCUUAAAAAAAGUACACGAAUGUGUUGACAGAGGGGGUAAAGUAUUAAUACCAGUGUUUGCUCUAGGUAGAGCUCAGGAGUUAUGCAUAUUAUUGGAAACAUACUGGGAACGUAUGAAUUUAAAAGCUCCAAUUUAUUUUGCAUUAGGUCUUACGGAAAAAGCUAAUAAUUAUUAUAAAAUGUUUAUUACAUGGACAAAUCAGAAAAUUAGAAAAACAUUUGUACAACGUAAUAUGUUUGAUUUUAAACACAUUAAGGCAUUCGACAGACAGUUUAUAGAUAAUCCGGGACCAAUGGUGGUAUUCGCUACUCCUGGGAUGUUACACGCAGGUUUAAGUUUACAAAUAUUUAAAAAAUGGGCACCAAACGAAAAUAAUAUGAUCAUUAUGCCAGGGUUUUGUGUUCAAGGAACCGUCGGUCACAAAAUCCUCAAUGGUGCAAAAGUUGUGGAAUUUGAAAAUCGGCAAGUCGUAGAGGUUAAAAUGGCUGUGGAAUAUAUGAGUUUCUCUGCACAUGCCGAUGCUAAAGGGAUUAUGCAGCUUAUUCAGCAUUGCGAGCCAUCGAAUGUAUUGUUGGUACACGGAGAAGCGGCAAAAAUGGAAUUUCUUAAAGAAAAAAUACAGCAAGAAUUUAACAUCAAAUGUUACAAUCCAGCAAAUGGGGAAACUUCAGUUAUAACUACACCAGUAAAGAUACCAAUAGACGUGUCUCUUUCACUGCUGAAAACCGAAGCGAAAAAAUUUAGUUCCUUGCCCCCAGAUCCAAAACGUAGGCGGACUUUACAUGGAGUGUUGGUGAUGAAGGACAAUAAUAUUUGUUUAAUGGACGUAGAAGAGGCUUGUAAGGAAGCUGGGAUAAACCGCCACGUGAUCCGAUUCACAUCCACAGUUCAUUUAAACGAUUCCGGUCCUUCGUUAGCUACGGCACAUAAAUUGCAUGGAUUUAUGAAAGAAAAAUUACCACAAUGGUCAGUAACUUUUUCGGAGGGAGAAAUUUCCGUCGAAUCUGUGUUGGUGAAAGUGGAAGGGGACGAUGAUGAAAACAAAAAUGUGUACGUUUCAUGGACUAAUCAAGACGAAGAUUUAGGCAGUUAUAUAUUAAACCUGUUGAACUGUAUGGGCCAGUGAGAAACUUUAAUUUAAGUUUUGUGUAUAUUUGAGAAAACUGUAAGAACUUAUAUUAAAAUUAAUUUUUUCAUGACGCCUCAGUAUUAUUUUUAAAAUAUAAAAAAUGGAUU